AUGUACCUUAAGGAACGGUUUUUGCACGGGACCGCGUAUGACGAUGAAAACACAGCUUUCGACUUACAAGCUGGACACACAAGAAGGACUGCAACAAUAGUCUACGGAAGAACAGAUGAAAUGCCUGGAGUCGGAUCCUCCAAUCUGUUAACGCAGUCCUUAGUCGUCUCUAAGCUUUGGCAAGACUUACUAGAGAUUGACGUAAGCUUGGAGCUUAAUGCUCCUAGUAGUAACUCUGAGGAGGAUAGUAGAGUAAUUGCCCUUGCUCUCAAGUCUCACACAAAGAGGAGAAGCAUCCUACAACGUCUUCUGCUUUGCGUUAUGAAGACAGACAGUGUGUCACUACUAGUAAGCCCAUGUCUUACCGGCUUUCCUUCCGUACGACACCAAUCUCUGCUCCCGCCCCGGUUGUCAUUCAAUGCUUGCAGGGCCUGA